AUGGGGUGGCCGGGAGUGGGGUUGGCAAGAUCCUGGGGUGCAGGACAGGGGGUGACAGGGACCCCGGGGUGGCCGGGACCCCGGGGACAGGGGGUGACAGGGACCCCGGGGUGGCCGGGACCCCGGGGUGACAGGGACUGGGGGGACAGGGACUCCGGGGUGCAGGUUAUGGGGUGGCUGGGACCCCGGGGUGACGUGUAUGGGGUGGCCGGGAGUGGGGUUGGCAAGAUCCUGGGGUGCAGGACAGGGGGUGACAGGGACCCCGGGGUGGCCGGGACCCCGGGGUGA